AUGCGUCGUCUCCCCUUCAAUCCCGCCCGCAAUAUCCGACAUCGUCACGCCGCCCUCGCCCUCUACCGUGCCCUCGUCCGCUCCGGCAAUAAGAUCCCGCUGCCGCGAGAUGUCCUCACGCAGUCACCUCGGCCCAUCGCCGACCUUCUGCGGAAACGCUUCCGCGGAAACGGUGCCUACACGAGCCUGCGGCUUGUCUACGCCUCCAUGGCGGCCGGGUACAACGCGCUCACGCUCCUGGCCAAGGCCCGGGUCGUGGGCUCCGCCGAGAACGUGCAGAUCACGAACCACCUGAGGGCCGGCAUCGAACGGUCAGCCGCCGACCGUGCCGCGCGCCCACCGAGCCGGCCGCGCCCCGUCCCCUCGCACCACGAGCCGCUGCUGGUGAACACGGCGCUGGCGGGCGCGCCGCCCAAGUAUGCCUCCUCGUACCUACCGCGCCCGGCCUCCGCCCUCGGUGGCCGCCCCCGGAAGGUGCCCAAUCUGUGCACUACCUCCUUUGGCCAGCCCUUUGUUCGCAUACGCAAACCCCAACCCCGCAUGCUGUCCAAGGCCGUCGGCCUCAAGAACCUGCAGUGGCAAUACAAGGUCGGCAAGAUCGGCCAGAUCGACGAAGAGCUGACUCCCGACGCCUUGCUGGAGGAUGAGUGGGACAGGAUUAUCGCCGAGCAGAUGAAGCGCGAGAAGGGCUCCGUCGAGGAAGCGUCGAGGGUCGACCUUGGACCGACGGCCACCUUUUGCUGGGGCGUGCAGCUCUCGAGACUGUGGUGGGAGUGCAAGACGGAGGAGAUGUGGCAAGACUGGGUGGCUAGGGGCGAGGCUCUCCACGACCUCGUUGAGCAAGAGAGGCUCCUCGCGCAGGAGGAGAGCGGCGUCGCCGGCCCGCCUGGUGCUCCCGCCGACGCGGGGGAGAAUGUUCGGCCGACGCCGAGCGGAUCAAGGCAUGCACCGCGACCCAACGUCGAGGAGCAGGCGCGUUCUGCCUUGCCCCUUGCCAACGUUCUCCUCCGCAGCCAGAAGCAAAAUAACGGAGAGCAUGCGGUGGAGAAAUCCGACGACCCCUUUAUUCUGCCAUCGUGGGCUGCCCUGGUGGCUGACCAGCGUGGUCGGAUGAUGAGCUGGGUCAGAAAAUCCACGUUCACUGGCCCGAGGCCAAGCACAUGA